AUGAAAAUGAUCAAGGCGGAGAAAGUGGGCGAAAAGAAGAAUGUUGGCUUAAUCACGCUGAACAGGCCAAAGGCACUCAAUGCUUUAUGCGAUGAAUUGAUGCGAGAACUCUCGGAGGCACUGAUAGCGUACGAUGAAGAUAGUUCGCUGGGAGCAGUGGUGCUAACGGGUUCCACCCGAGCGUUCGCCGCUGGCGCCGAUAUCAAGGAGCUUCGUGGAACCGAGCUUGCAACGGCUUUAUCCGGCAGUUUGCUGCAAGCGUGGUCACAGGUGUCAAAGAUGAGGAAGCCUGUUAUUGCCGCGGUGAAUGGGCAUGCUCUGGGUGGUGGUUGCGAAUUGGCCAUGAUGUGUGAUAUCAUUUACGCCGGUGAGAAGGCCAUGUUUGGUCAACCGGAAGUUACCAUAGGAACUAUACCAGGAGCCGGUGGUACACAGCGAUGGGCACGUGUUGCUGGCAAAUCAGUAGCAAUGGAAGUAUGCUUGACCGGAAAACCCAUAACGGCGCAGGAAGCAAAAGAAUGCGGUAUUGUUGCCAGGGUAUUCCCAGUUGAUCAGGUUGUAAAUGAAGCAAUAAAAACAGCUGAAAGGAUCAGUGAGCACUCUCCAUUGAUUGUUGCACUCGCAAAGGAUGCAGUAAAUCGAUCUUACGAAACUUUCCUGGAAGAAGGUCUCCGUUAUGAAAGUCGGCUCUUCCACGCCACUUUCGCAACGGAACACAAACCCCUAAGCGCAAAUAUAUUGCAAGCAUCACCGCAGCUCUCAUGA